UUGUGUGGUAAUGGAGUAAGAUGGCGGCUUUGUGGCAGUGCUGUGCAAAAAAGGGCAUCCAUUAAAAAGUUCAUUUGUUUUUGAACUGAUCAAAGACCCAGGAACUCACUACAAGCAAUUAAAGGGAAUCAUCCCUUUUGCCCGACUAAGAACACAUUGCACAGACUGCCCAUCUGGGGACGCUGACAAAGUAACAUCACAUAAGUAACAAGUCAACAUCGGAACUUUUAGAACUAUCAACAAAUAUGUCAGCUGUAAGAAAAAUGAACAGUCCUCAGUGGAAGAAUUUCCAGCCGCCCGCACAGGAUCCUGCCAUUCUAUCCUAUCAGCAAGGUUCAAACAUUGUUAGUCCUAUACUAUCACCUACUUCACCUGCAAGUACGAGCAACAUCAGAGAAACUGGGUUUAUAGAAAAACUGCUACACUCAUAUGGAUUCAUUCAAUGUUGUGACAGGGAGGCAAGGCUGUUUUUUCACUUCAGUGAAUAUGCCGGCGACAUUAACACUGUGAAAAUUGGAGAUGCUGUAGAAUUCCAAAUGAGCUGUGACCGCCGAACAGGACGCCCCAUUGCAUGCUCUAUAGGUAGAAUAGAUAAGGACGAGGUAUCAUUUGAGGUGCUGAGUGAGGAGAGGUUUACAGGAUCUAUUGUGCAGGAAGCAAGACCAGUUAAGAACAAAAACGGUUGUAUAAAUGGACAAGCAGAUGGUCUAGGACGAGUAACAUAUGAACACAACGGUGAAUGGUUCUUUUUACCAUAUGGACUUGAUGAUGUAGUUGAAACUGGAAAUGCUUGUAAGAUCAAAAGUGGAGACACUGUCACUUUCUACAUAGCUACAGACAAAAGAAAUGCAAACAUACAUGCAAGGAAGUUGGAGGUGAUGGCAGUCCCUGCAGUACAAUCACGAUGUCAGGGUGUGGUGUGCUCAAUGAAAGACUCCUUUGGCUUCAUAGAGCGGGCAGACAUGGUCAAAGAAAUCUUCUUCCACUACAGUGAAUUUAAGGGCGACAUUAACGAUCUUAUACUUGGUGAUGAUGUAGAUUUUGAUGUGCAGACUAGAAAUGGAAAAGAAGUGGCAGUUAAUAUCUCUAGUCUUCCAGAAGGUACAGUGAUAUUUGAGGAUAUUGGUCUGGAUAGGAUUGUUGGCAAUGUAGUCAAAACCCUUAAAAAUGGCCGCAGACAAAGUGAUCCACUAGGGGGAAGAAUCAACUUCGAGGGUCCAAAAGGCUUAACAGAAAUGCCAUUUGGGGACAAAGAUCAGGUGGGAGACUACACCCUUUGUCAUGGAGAUCUGGUCGAAUUCAAGGUUGCCACAGACCGACGUGACAAACUACAGCGUGCUACAUCCAUCUGUCUUCUUGAGAAAGAAACAUUUGAACAGAACAAAGAGAAACGGGAAACGGGUGUAAUUGUUAGCCUGAAGGAUGGCUAUGGCUUUAUUCACUGUGCAGAGAGGGACUCCCGCAUGUUCUUUCACUUCAGUGAAAUGUUGAAUGGAGAAAAAGAAGUGAAACCACAAGAAGAAGUUGAAUUUACUGUGACUCAGGACAUAUCUACUCCGGAUCGACUGAUGGCCAUUCGUAUCAAAUAUCUACCCAAAGGCAGUGUCAACUUCACACAUGUCCGUCCAGAGAAAUAUAUAGGCACAAUUGAACGUGAGCCUGCUUUACAAACAAGUCCAACCAAGAACAAAGAUUCAGACUGUGGGAACAUAAUUUUCGACUUUGAAGGAACUAUCCAGCAGGUACCAUAUCAGCUGAAGGACCUUGUUGAUCCCAGGUCCCCACCCAGAUAUGGUGACAAGGUUGAGUUUAACCUUGCCGAGAUCAAGAGGAACAAUACUAGAGGUGCUGUGAAUGUGAGGGUGCUAUUUAGAAAUGUGGCCAGUAAAUGUCUUGGGUUUGUAGCAACACUCAAAGAGAACUAUGGCUUUAUCGAAAGUGCGGAUCAUGAGAAAGAAAUCUUCUUUCAUUUUAGCUCUUUUGAUGGAGAUCCCUCAGAACUGGACCUGGCUGAUGAGGUAGAGUAUACUGUCACCAGAAAAAAUGCCAAAGUGAGUGCAGAAAAUAUCCGUAAAGUAGCUAAGGGCACUAUCCCUAUGGAAGAGGUCUUGCGAGACCAGGGUGUGUUCAAGGGAAAGAUUAUUCGACCAAUGAGAAUUGUAAACCCAGAACAAGAAGAGUACAGUGGGCUGGUGCAAGUUGACCCUACAGAGGAGGGUGCUAAGUCAGUCUGUUAUCCUUAUGGUAUCACAAGUCUGGCUGACAAGCGAGACUUCCUUCAAACUUCAGAUGCUGUCAAGUUCCAGUUGGCUGUUGGUAAAAAUGGUGUCACUCGGGCUGUCAACAUUGCAGCUGUCCGCAAGUACAUCCGUGCAAGGGUGGAUUCUGUGAAGGGACAGUUUGGCUUCAUCAACUAUGAAGCAGCAGAAGAAGGGAAGAAGCUUUUUUUCCACAUGACAGAGGUUCAUGAUGGAGUGGACAUUCAAGCUGGGGAUGAGGUGGAAUUUGUUGUUGUACAAAAUCAACGCAACAAGAAAUAUUCAGCAUGUAGUGUUAGGAAGAUCACGAACCGACAGCGUCCUGAACGUUUGGUGAGUAGGCUGAAGAGUAUCAACGAUGAUAUGGUUAGUCCUCGCAUGGUUGCUCUUCGACAGCCAAAAGGUCCCGAUGGAACAAAGGGAUUUGCACCGCGCAUUCCACGUCAGCCAACUGUGUAGCUUUGCAUUAAUCCUGCUUCAUCACAUCUAUCGCCGCCUUUUUGAGAAAACAAAACAACAAAUGCCAUACAAAAAAAAAGACAAUCUCCUCCCAUCUCCUCUUUUCAGUUUAUCAUAUUUCCAUUAAAGAGGUUUGAUUUCAGAUGUCAUUAACUAUUACCCAAAGAAACCUCUGCAUUUUCUUUUUUUUAGUGUUUUGAUUUUAAGGAAAAGAUCCUGGACUUUCCACUUCCUUCAUAAUUUCUGUAUUAGGAAUGUUACCAGGUAAAUAAGAAUUGUUGCAGUUUAGAGAACAAAGUGGUGUUUUCAGAAUAUACUAGUAUGAUUACAUCUUUGGAUGGCAAGCAUUUAAUUUGCAUUUAGCUGUUUGGAAAUUUGUCAAUGUAAGCUAAUUACAAACAUGUAUUGGACCAAAAACAUUUUGUUGAUUGUCAGAUUUGCUCUAAAAUAUAUUUACAUGUUAAAUAGUGAAAACACUGUUGAUUAUAUUAUUAUUCUGAAGAAAAUAUAAUUUAUAGAUUUAUUUAUUUAACAAGCAUGAAUUCUACAACCUGUUAACGUUCAUUAAUUACCAUCAUUAUACUAUUCUUGAUAGCAGUGUGAUAUCUCCACAAUUGUGGUGAAAGUGAGUGAAUGUGUAUGAUCAAAUGACCGUAUGGAUGGAUAUUUUUCUAUUUUAAAACAUCAGUGUAAGUCAAGCGAGAACAAUAUGUGCAACCCAGAUGUAUUUGGUCGAUUUAGAGUGUUCAAAAAUCUUUUUCUUGACGAUGAUAUUGCAAGUUAAGAUAAAGCAGCGUUAUGAACAAAAAAAUAUAAUUGAGAAAAUUACUUACGGCAUCUUGAAAGUGAGAAGUUUUAUCAAACAACAUUUCUGAUAUCAUUAUCAUCUGUAAUGGAAGGAUGACCCAAGUUCAGUUUGUAGCCAUUAUUCAUUAGCCUUCAUUAAAUUCAUGCUAGGGAUUAUGCUUAAAAAAAAAAAAAAAAAGAAAGAAAUGGUUGUCUUUUUUUCGUUAUGAACUGAAAGGAUUCAUAAUCCACAUUUUCAACAUUGGUAUUUGUUGUAGUAUGCUGUACCAUGUUGUCAAAAUGUAUGAUGUUCUGGGUCGUCAUAUGACUAUGUUGGAAUCAUGCAUGCUAUAAAACAGGCUUCGAUACUUGAGUAAAAGUUUGUUACAAGUAUGUCAAUGAUGAGACAUUUGAUUGGUAACUUGAUCACUGAACCACAGUGACUCAAAUGUUAAGUUUGUCUCACUCACAGGAAGAAAGCAGUCUGAAUGCAUUGGUAACUUCAUCACUGAAACCACAGUGACCCCAAUGUAAAGUUUGUCUUACACAAAGACAACAGUCUGAAUGCUUAGGUAAUCCAGGAACACAAAAACAAAGGGAAAAAAAUAAAAAAACAAAUAAAAAUGAUGAAUGAAGCACA